UUUCAGCACAUUCCUGAUCCGGACGGGUGUGUGGUGACACAUUGGGGUCGUGACCCAUUUAUCGGGAUGUCCUAUUCGUAUAUUCGUGUUGGUGGCAGUGGUGAAGAUUACGAUACUGUUGCAAGUGAUGUGGAGCAGAAGCUUUUCUUCUCUGGAGAGGGUACCAACCGUUUCUUUCCACAAACGAUGACCGGUGCUUAUGUAAGUGGUCUACGCGAAGCGGGUAAAAUUGCCGAAUAUUGGACGAGGAAACGCCCUGAAAAUGAUUCUUGA